UGAGUAGCGGCAAGUCUGGGACUACAACCGUGAGUAAAGAGUUCCUUAUUAAUACCAUGGAAGCUUUCAAGAAAGAAAUGCUCACCGAGUUGAGGAAAAUGACCACUGAGAAUUCGGGUUUGGCAGACUCGCUCAAGUUUCUAAAUGGUAUUGUGGAGGAGAACGACAAGCUGAUGUAUGGUAUCUCGAAGCAACUCAGGGUAAUCCAGGACGAAAACUCUAAACUAAAAAAGGAAAAUGCCGAGCUGCGCAGCGCUGUGUCUAAUCUGGAGGUUAGAGUGAGGAGUAUUGAACAAUAUUCUCGAAAGCAAAAUAUAGAGAUUGAUGGUAUUCCUGAGACUCAAAGAGAAGACAUCUACGCUGUACUAAAUGAUGUCGGAAAAGCCAUCGGAGUCGAGUUGAAGAAAGAAAAGGUAGUCGCCGCUCACCGCGUUCCGACCUUCAACAAGAAGAGGACGCCCCCAAUCGUCGUGAGAUUUACUUCCUACGACGAAAAGGAUGAGUGGAUCAAUGGGUUCAAGAGAGUGAGACCUCUGAUGGCUAACAAGAUCAACUCCAACUUCAACUCGUCAACCAGAGUAUUUGUCAACGAGCACCUCUCGCCGGAGAACAAACGACUGCUGUCGAAAACCAAGGAAGCUGCCAGAGAGAAGAACUACAAGUACGUGUGGAGCAGAGACGGGAGGAUCUUCGUACGGAGAAGUGAAGGGGAGAAGUGUAAGAGAAUAGACUUAAGUUCUGACUUAGAAAAGCUAAUUACAGCAGGAGGGGCGAGAGGAACUAUAGCAGGAGGAGCGAGAGGAUCUAUAGCAAGAGGAGCGAGAGGAUCUAUAGCAGGAGGGGCGAGAGGAACUAUAGCAGGAGGAGCAGGAGGAACUAUAGCAGGAGGAGCGAGAGGAACUAUAGCAGGAGGAGCAGGAGGAACUAUAGCAGGAGGAGCGAUAGGAACUAUAGCAGGAGGAGCAGGAGGAACUAUAGCAGGAGGAGCGAGAGGAACUAAAGCAGGAGGAGCAGGAGGAACUAUAGCAGGAGGAGUGGAACUGCAGCACUUACGCUUGUAG